UUUCCUUUUCACACUUUUUUUUACUUUUCAUUUUUGCAGCUCUUUCCCCUUCAGACUCGCUUGGUUUCAGGGCUUGUUUUCCUCUUUCUUUUUCUGUAUUAUUUCACCAGCAUAUGGAUAGCCACCACCAGCAACAGCGCACUGUCGCCCUAUCCGCCAAUGAACGGUUCGGGCCCCCAACAGACAAAUUCAAUUCGGCUGCCUCCGCUGUCGUCGCUUAUCAAGGGCCCGCAGCAAAAGCAAAAUAUGCAGCCGCCAAGGUCUCCAUACAGAAGCAUGACGCAUCAGUAUACCGCCGUUCAGCAUCUUGGACCACCUCGGCCUAUGCAUGCACCGCCACCACACGCAUCCCACCACCAGCAGCAACAUAGUCAUCAGAGCCAUCAGCAUCACCUCAGCGCCGGGACCAUCCAUGCGAACCAGUAUCGGCCGCCGCCGCCGCCGCCGCCGCACCUGCCAAGGCUCCAGCACAGGCAGACCCGCGUCUGUACGGCUAUGCGAUGGAGCGGGCGCACUCGCUGUCGCCCAACAUUGCGUCCAACCCAUCGCCGCUGCCAAACCGACACACAGAUGGCCAGCAGCCGCUGGUGCAGAGAUCGCCGAUCAUUGGCGAGACAAUCAAGUGGACGCUGCCGAAAAGCAGCUCGGAGCGGAUCUCAAAAGAGGAGAGCCGGUUGAUGUCAGCUGCAGCCAAGGCAGCGGCGGUGAAGGCGGCCUCGAUGGGCGUCACCUUUAUUGCCAAGCGCGUCGGCAAGACCAAUAAGCGGGCAGCUGGUGGCCUCGGCAGGCAAUCUGGGUCCGCAGGCG